CUUUAAAUUCUAGGGCGAAAUAUGUAGACAAACAGGUGUAGCAAUGGGAAAAAAUAUACCUCUUAAUAUAUUUAGUCCUACUCCAAAAAUAUGGUGGAGAUAUGUGGAUAACACUUUCACAGUGUUGAAGACAGAACAUACCUCCAGUUUCUUCACACAUAUAAACUCACUAGUAAUGGGAAUAAAAUUCACAUUUGAAUCGGAAAAUGAACAAGGAGAGUUAGCUAUGUUAGACUGCAAAAUAAAACGAACAGAAGAAGAUAAACUGCACACUGGCGUUUAUAAAAAGCCAACGCAUUCUAGUAGAUAUUUAGAUUUGAAUUCAUCUCAUCCGUUGUCUAUAAAGGCAGACCUAGUUAAGUGUCUAACAAACCGAGCAAUAGCACUAAGUAGUACAACAAAAAACCUAAAUGAUGAAAUGAAACAGAUCGAAGAAGCGUUGGUGUUAAAUAACUAACCAUGCUAUAAAAUUCAUUAGGAAGAUCAAGAAAGGUCGAAAGCAAAAUAAAAGUAAUGGUGAGGCUAAUAAUGAUAACAUAAAUAAGAAGGAAUAUAGGACAUCUACAGUUUCAUCAUAUAAGGAGGGACAUCUGAGACCCUAUGUAGGAUUCUCAAUAAAGCGUUCAAAGCAAUAGGGAUUCAAACCUACAAACUCACUCAGAGACAAGCUCUAUAGACUAAAGGACGCAGUGGACCCAAUUAAACAAAACAAUAUAUUUUACAAAAUACUUUGCAAUAACUGUGAGUUAGGUCAAAGUAGCAGAUAGGGAGUAGUGAGACUAUCAGAACAUAAGAAUUUAGCUGAGGUUACAAUGAUCGAUCCCACGAAGAUAAGUAAUUUAGAAAAAAAAGCUCAGCAAUCGCACCGCAUGCAUUAACACACAACAGGGUGGGUGGGACAGAGUCAAAAUUCUAAGAAGUAAUAUAGGUAGAAGGAGAGAGAGAUUAAUUACUGAAUCCUGCCUGGUUCAUUGAGUCUACACCCAACACAUGCAACAGAAAUGACUCAACGCAAAUACAAGAGAUAUGGAAUAUAUAUUAUUACCAGUCAAAUCAGAGGAUAAUAAUGUUAAAAUGUAUUCAAUUCACAUUAUAACAUUCUAACAAGUUACUUAUUUUACUUUAAAAACCAUCUUAUUUCCCAUCCUAUUGUAUUGUAUUGAUAACACUGAUAUUAUUUCCGAAUGUACAUUAUCUUAUAUUGUUUUUAUUCAAAUGUCUAAUUAUCAAUUUUUACUCAUGUAUAUAAAUGAAGCAAGAAAGUUGUGUGAGUAACUUGAUAUGAUUGUGAACAAUUUGUGCUCGAAACGUGGUCAUCAGUAAAUAUUACUGUAUAACACUGUGUAAUUUUAUCAAAAUAAAAUUUUAUCCAUAAUGGAGUUAUACUCU